UUUUUAGGUCUGUUCGUCGCCCAGCAGUACUCGAUUCUUUACUUUUGGAUUCCCUUGAAUCUCUAUGGGGUCCUUUGGAGCCUAGCUAAGGGGAAGAAAUCAUCAUAAGUGAAAGGUUAUUUUCCAUGAAAAUGUGGCCCACAACUCAUGUUGCCAUGCAGAACCUUCUGCUUACUGAAUAUUGAGUGCUGGAAAAUGACAGAGUGGCCUCUGUGGAUCUGAAAAUUGGAAUGAUCUUCCUAUUUGCGGGCAGCAAGCCACCCAGGUGCCUAGGCAAGAAACCGAGGGCACGAGCUGUUCCAGUAUAAUAAAAUAUAUAAAACAACAAGAGUUAUACUAGAUCUAGAUCAUAGACAUGAUUAUAUAUGAAUAUCAUUAAUCAUUAGUUGGUAGCAAUUACUUUUUAUUCCAAUAUUAUAAUAAUCCUCACUCUAUAAUCAUAACCUAGGAAAAGCCAGGCCAUACAGAGAUAGGAGCUGAGGAGACAUAGUGAAAAGUGACCAGAAGACAAGAGUGUGAGCCUUCUGUUAUGCCCAGACAGGGCCACCAGAGGGCUCCUUCGUCUAGCGGUAACGCCAGAGUCUGGGAAGUCGCCCGUUGCCAAGUGGACCAUGGUCUAGCGGUAGCGUUAGUGUCAAGGAAAAACACCUGCUACUUAGCAGACCAGGAAAGGGAGUCUCCCUUUCCCCGGGGGAGUUUAGAGAAGACUCUACUCCUCCACCUUUUGUGGAGGGCCUGACAUUAGUCAGGCCCACCCACAGUUAUCCGGAGGCCUAACUGUCUCCCUGUGAUGCUGUGCUUCAGUGGUCACGCUCCUAGUCCGCCUUCAUGUUCCAUCCUGUACACCUGGCUCUGCCGUUUAGUUAGCAGUAGCAAAUUAGUGAAAGUACUAAAAGUCUCUGAUAUACAGAAAUAAUGGCGUAAGCUGUCUGUCUCUCUCCCUCUCUCUCUCUCUCUCUGCCUUGGCUGCCAGGCAGGGAAGGGCCCCCUGUCCAGCGGACACGUGACCCAUGUGACCUUACGUGUCAUUGGAGAUGACUCACACUCUUUAUCCUGCCCCUUUUGCUUUGUAUCCAAUAAAUAUCAGUGCAGCCUGGCAUUCGGGGCCACUACGUCUCCGCGUCUUGGUGGUAGUGGUCCCCCGGACCCAGCUGUCUUUAUCUCUUUGUCUUGUGUCUUUAUUUCUACACUCUCUCGUCUCCGCACACGGGGAGAAACCCAUCGACCCUGUGGGGCUGGACCCUACACUAUUCCAGGUAGUUGUUGGAAUCCUGGGGAAUUUUUCACUCUUAUAUUAUUAUAUGUUCCUUUACUUUAGGGGAUACAAGCCAAGAUCCACAGAUUUGAUUCUUAGGCACCUGACUGUAGCUGACUCCUUGGUUAUCCUCUCUAGAGGAAUCCCAGAGACCAUGGCAACUUUUGGGUUGAAACAUUUUGACAAUUAUUUUGAAUGCAAAGUUCUUUUCUAUGCACAAAGGGUAGGCAGGGGUGUGUCCAUUGGAAGCACCUGCCUCUUGAGUGUCUUCCAGGUGAUCACCAUCAACCCUAGGAACUCCAGGUGGGCAGAGAUGAAAGUAAAAGCCCCAACAUACAUCGGCCUCUCCAAUAUCCUGUGCUGGGCCUUCCACAUGCUGGUAAAUGCCAUUUUUCCUAUUUAUACAACUGGCAAAUGGAGCGACAUCAUCACAAAGAAAGGAGAUUUGGGAUAUUGUUCCGCCCCACUUAGUGAUGAAGUCACAAAGUCAGUAUAUGCAGCAUUGACAUCCUUCCAUGAUGUUUUGUAUCUGGGGCUCAUGCUCUGGGUCAGCAGCUCCAUCGUUUUGGUCUUGUACAGGCACAAACAGUGGGUACAACACAUCCAUAGGAACAAUCUCUACCCCAUCUCUUCUCCUGAGAACAGAGCCAUCCAAAGCAUCCUUGCAUUGGUGAGCAUCUUUAUAUCAUGUUAUGCCCUUUCCUUCAUCACCUACGUUUAUUUAGCUCUCUUUGAUAAUUCCAGUUAGUGGCUAGUGAACAUUGCUGCACUAAUCACUGCCUGUUUUCCAACUAUUAGCCCUUUUGUUCUCAUGUGCCGUGACCCCAGCAGAUCCAGGCUCUGCAGUAUCUGCUGCAGAAGAAAUAGACGAUUCUUUCAUGAUUUCAGGAAAAUGUGA